GUAUACAUUUGCAGGCAUGCAGCGAAGUUUGUAUUUUAAAUCGAAUUAAAAACUUUAUAAGUAACGUACACAAAUAUUAGUGUCCACAGUGAAAUUUGGUGUAUGCCCAGCUAGAAUUAAUAAAUGACUAAAGAGCCAGCUGUAGAAGUGUACGCUUCAAGUUCAAGUGCAGAUGGAAGUGCAGUAGUUCUUAUCAGCAGACAGCUUUGCAUUCACUUCCGGAUUUGGAUAGUUUGCUCAUUAGCUAUGCAUUUAUUUCGCUUGCGAAUUCAGUUUAAUUUCGAUUUCCAUGUGCACGGUUCUGGGAGUACGUCUCAAAAUGGACAAGUGUUUGCUUUUACUGCUGAUUGUUUUUACUGUACCCGGGUCCUUUCAGGCCAUUCCCAAGAUUAAGCCCACCAAGGAUGUCAUUAAAGAUUUAAAGAACAAGACAGAAGUAGUACCCGCAAGUAGCCUGCCCAUUGUCAAUGCCACACCAGUGCCUGAGAAGUUGGCAGAAGUCCACAUUGAUCAGCACAAAACCAUUCGCAUUAGCAAGGGAGAUCUGGACGAUUUAUUGGAUGUUUAUAUGGGUAAAAUAGCAGAGAGUGCGGCGACCAUCAAGGACAAGGAGAAUGAAAUAAACAAGCUGCAAACCAAGGAACACACUGACGACGAUUUGCUCAAAAGAUUUGAGAAUCUCACAGAGAUUUGUAAUGUUCAGAAUUCUACAUAUGCAGCAAAGCUGAAGGAGAAGGAUGAAAAAAUCAAGGAACUCGAGCAGAAGGUCAAGAUCUACGAAACCAGAUUGAAGAGGAAACAGCACGUGUUGACUGAGCUGAGAAAACAGAACAUCUCCAGUACGGCAUUGAUCGAUCAUCUCAAGGCAAAAGACGCAUACUUUGAAGGCAAAUUCAGGGAGAAGAAGGAUGAUCUGUUGGCAGACUGGGAGGCAGCCACCACCAGUUGCAUACCCUUUGGCAUGUCGCCUGGCAUUCAUUUGAUACAUCUGCCCGGAUUCCUGCCCUUUCUGGUGCCCUGCGAGGGUCUCCCAUCCGCCGGUCCUGGCUGGAUGGCUAUUCAGCGCCGACUGGAUGGCUCUGUGAACUUCUAUCGCAACUGGGAUCAGUACAGCAAGGGCUUUGGCAAGCUCAACGGAGAGUUCUUUAUUGGCCUCGAAAAACUGCACCGCAUGACAAACUCGCAGCCCCACGAGCUCUACAUAAGCUUCAGGAGAUUUAAUGGGGAGACAAGCUAUGCCCACUACGAUGACUUUGUUAUCGGCAGUGAGGAGGAAGGCUACGAAUUGAAAUUGCUGGGCCAUUAUCAAGGCAACUCCAGUGAUGCGUUGCGCACCCAUGACAAGAUGAAAUUCUCAACCUUCGAUAGGGAUAACGAUGAAUUUACGCAUAUGAAUUGCGCCGAAUAUCAUCACGGUGCCUGGUGGUACGAUUUUUGUUCUCGAAGCAACUUGAAUGGCAAGUACUUCAAGUCCGAGGUGGACAAUGUCCAGGGCAUUUUCUGGGAGCCCUGGUACAGCUUCAGAUCUCUGAAAUCCGUGCAGAUGCUAAUACGCCCAAAGAGCCGAAUGGAGUUGAAAGAUUUACCCAGCACAAAGCGUACACCGAGAGCUUUACUAAAAUGAAAGUGUCCAUCAGCUCAACAGAUAAAUUCUCAUUAU